UCUGGCUGUGUUAUCCGUGAUAAUAUGAAAUCGUGUUAUUAAAUAUCAAUAAUGCAUAUUAUGCAAAUAGUCAAAUAGAAACAAAAUUCGUUUCUUUGCUUUGCUUUACGUUUGUUCAUAUCAAUUCAUAUUUCGAUCGACAAUAACGAACUUCAUCUAUUAUAUCGAGUUGCUUUUAUAGGAGUGCAAAAAGCCAUUGUUUAUUCACAAUGGUGAUACAAAAGAAAGAGUUGAUUCUCUUACUAAAACCUUAUUAUUGGGUUAACAUAAUUCUCACGUGUUCGUACGUGUUUUGCAAAAAGAUUGACAUCUUUUGCCAAUAUAUAUUCUCGCCGACUGAAAAGACUUGCGAACUAGACGCUAAAGAAUUGGAAAUAUUACUAUUCCUCAUGAUUGUUGUAAUGAUUCGGACAAGAAAAGCUGGAAGUGUCACUAUGUUAGCUUAUCUCUCAUCUAGUUUCUUGUACACUAAAGGAGCAAAUUUAUUAUUGUGGUACUAUGCAGAUGUUCGAUUUGGUUUAUUCUUCACUGCUCUUCUUAUUGUUGUAAGCUUAUGUCUACCAGAGCCAACAUAUUCAGGUCCAGAAAAUGUGUUGUACUUCAGAUCAUUGGCCACUUUAGAAGAAGCUCUAAAAGAAAAUAAGCAGCAUACUGUAUGGCUUGUUUGUUUUUAUACUGUUUGGAAUCCUACGUGUGCUAAUUUUGCUCCAAUAUUUUCACAGUUAUCUGUUCAGUAUGAUACAAAAUAUCUUAAAUUUGGAAAAAUAGAUAUAAGUCGAUAUCCUGAUGCUGCUAAUAAAUAUAAUAUUAGUGAUUCAUCUUUAAGUCGACAAUUGCCAACUGUAAUUAUGUUUAAAAAUGGAAUAGAAGAACUUAGGAGACCAACAUAUGAUAGUAAAGGAAAAAUAUUUAAAUUUUUUUUUACAGAGCCUAAUUUCAAAGCAGUUUUUGAUUUGAACAAUGUGUAUAAUCAAUGCAAGUUAGCAGAUAAGAAGAAAAACAGCGAUGUAGAAGAAACAUUGAAAACUAAUAAGAAAGAAAAGAAAACAUAAACCAUUUUGAAUAAUGGCAAAAUGUAUUAAAAUGUUAUGGACGUGUGUUUGUGUUAUGAUUUUAUUAUCGCUUUAUUAUUGACAUUAAUGAUGAGCAAAAACAUGUGAAUGCUCUGUUUUUAAAUUCACUAUUUUUCUUUGAAAUUGAUGGUAUAUUGAAAACUGUUGUAACUUUUGAAGAAUGUAGUUUUGAUCAUGGGAUCAUAAGGAUUUAGCUUUUUUUUUUUAACUUUUAUUAAUACAAUAUUAAGCUUGUCACUAGUUAUCAAAGAUGUAUGGUAUUUCUAGUAAAAAUUCAAAUCUAUAUAGUAUAUUAUAACCAUUAAUCACGAAAAAGAUUGUAUAGGUAAAUUACGAAAAAUAUAUUUAAAACAUUGUUUUGUAUUGAAGCUAUUUAAUAACAAUUGGUAAAGUAGAAAUACAUAUGUAUUUUUUUUUAAAAGAGAAAAC